CCUCUCUAGGUCGGAUUUGACUGGCUCGGUUGCCUCCAUCUCGGAGUUGGUCACCUUGAUCACCUUUCAUUUCUGUCCUCAGUGCGACCUAUUUCUUACCUGAAUUUCUUUGUUCCAAGAUCACCAUGGCUGAACCCGAGGAUGUUGAGGAAGAUCUUUUCGCGGAUCUGUAUGAAGCCGACGACAAUACAAGCCAUACCAUACCCAGUACGGAAACUUCAAAAUCUGUCGAUCCUGUGCCCUCGGCUGCACCUAUCAAUCCUUCCCAAAUCCCCAUUCAGUCUGUUGAAACUGGCCCGAUCGAAUUUGAGACGGACGCUUCAUACUAUCACCCGUAUCAAGGAGUCCACCAGAACGGCACGGAUCAUGUAGGUACUGGACGUGCACAUCAUGCCAUGUCUGGUGGUGGUGAGUCCGAGCCUCGAGGCACUGGUAUUAAAGAAGACGGGUAAGUGCUACCUCUGUUAGAGACUUCGUGCAAUUUUUUUUUCUUUCCCUUGCUUGUACCUUGAUUGCAAUUGAACACGCGAGUGUUCAUGCGCGAUAUAAAUCGACCCCGUUUUACACUUAUGCUGGGUUCUUUUUCUAUCCUCUGGGGGGGAUGGCUCAUGGUAGGUUGGGGAUGCCGGUGAUAUUCGCACACGUACCGCCUUUCCUGCUGUGCACCGUGAACGUAACUAGUGAGUUGGGCACUGGAAGCUGCGCAUCAAAAAUCUUC